AUAGUUCAGAUUUAUAUAACUGGGGGUCUCUUUGUUCAUUGCUUUCCAGUCUCUCAAUCUUUCACUUUUCUGCUUCUCACUCCUCAUCAGGAUCAUCUCAUUGGCAGGCAUCAACAUGGCAAAUUCGUCAUCUGGAAUGGCAGUGGACGACGAGUGCAAGCUUAAGUUCUUGGAGCUAAAAGCAAAGAGGAUUUACAGAUUCAUCGUGUUCAAGAUCGAAGAGAAGAUUCAACAGGUAACAAUAGAGAAACUCGGUGGUCCAGACGAAACCUAUGACGAUUUCUGCGCCAGUUUGCCUGCCGACGAGUGCCGAUACGCUGUGUUUGACUUCGAUUUCACGACUGAUGAGAAUUGCCAGAAAAGCAAGAUUUUCUUCAUUGCAUGGUCGCCUGAUACAUCGAGGGUGAGAAGCAAGAUGCUCUACGCCAGCUCAAAAGACAGAUUCAAGAGAGAAUUGGACGGCAUUCAAGUCGAGCUGCAAGCAACUGAUGCUAGCGAGAUGAGCAUCGAUAUCAUAAGAGGACGAGCGCUCUAAUCAGUCCACAACCUCUGAUGCCUACUCUCUUUGGUCAUGGGGCCCUCCACAUCAUUUUUCUUUGCAGCGUGCUCAUUUUCUUCUUUGCUGGUCAGUCAGGCAUGUGCCUACCUACUGAAGGCAAACUAGCAUCCAUUUAGUCAUGUUCAUCCCUUCCAUACGAGUCAUUUCUUUCUUCUUUCUGGCUUAACACAUAGCGUGUAUGACGACCUGCAUCAACCUUUCUCACAUGAGCAAUUCAACUUAGUGGAAUCAUUCUUAAGUAGUGUGUUCUGAUGCUAUUAGUUUCACCAGACCAAUCUUUUGGUGUUAUAUAUAUAGGCCUAGCUUUAAGGGUAUUGAAGUGACAGCAAACAAGACAAACUCCUGGUAGAGAAUCAACAUUUAUUCGUAUUCACUGGGACCUAUGUGUUACUCUGGCUUCCAUGUCAGAUCCACAGGAAACUUUUACCAGCAGCCUUGAAAUUGGAACAUAAGAAUAUGUAGUUUGAAGAAA